GUCGCCCUCCCCAAACACCCAACGACAAUAUUUACACUGUGGCAGAGUAUCACUUGUCACUAUUUUCCAAUCGCUUCUUCCCCAGUCUCCAAUGCCUCAAUCUCUCCCCUCUGAGCACCGCGCCCUUGUCCUCGACAGUCGUGACUCCGGUUUCCAGGUUAAAACCCUGGCAACGCCUCAACCAGGUCCCGGUAGCGCUGUUGUCCGCAUUGCCGCAGCUGGAAUCCUACCUUAUCACCGUGAGACCUACAAUGGCAAGCGUCCUAUGCCAUUUCCAACGCCACUAGUAGGUUGUUUUGACGCUAUCGGCCAUGUCGCUGCUGUCGGAUCUGAUGCGACGGCUUUGAAACCCGGACAACUUGUCUAUGUUGAUUGCGUUAUACGUGCACGCGACGAUCCAGAAUGCUUUUUCUUGUCUGCUAUCUAUGAAGGGGCAACUGAUGGCAGUAAAAAACUGAUGCGGGAUGCCUGGCGCCGAUGGAACGUUCGCAGAACACGCCAAGGUGCCUUUAGAGAACUGUAUUCCACUUGAUAAAGCAAGGUUGUGUGAUGAUUUAGGAUAUUCACUCCAGGACCUAGCGUAUAUAGCAUUUCUGCUGGUACCGUAUGGUGGGCUUAGGGACAUUAAGGUGGAGCCUGGCGAUACAAUUAUCAUAUGCCCGGCAACUGGCUUCUACAGUAGCCUGGGUGUGCAAGUCGCGAUUGCGAUGGGUGCGAAGGUAAUUGCGAUGGGUCGAAACCAGGAAAAGCUAGUAAAAUUAAAGGAUGACAUCAGAAGCAGGUCGCCUGGGGCGAACAUUGAGACGGUUCAAAUAACAGGAAAUGAAGAUCAGGAUGUGUCUGCGCUAAAAUCCCAUGGCACUAUUGACGCUGUUUUGGAUAUACGCCCACUGCGCCGUGGUGGGAGGAUUAGUAUUAUGGGCUCCACUAAGAACAUUGCGGUUCCGGAAAUCUUGGUUAACAACAUCACUUUGAAAGGAAAAAUGAUGUAUGAACGAGAGGCCGUAGUAAGCUUUGUGAAGAUGCUGCAAAGCGGUCUUUUCCCUCAAGGCAAAGGUUUCGUGGAAACGAAGGUUUUCCAGCUCGAAGAUUGGAAAGAUGGCUUUGACAAAGGGGCAGAGCACAAUGGUAUUGGGAAGUGUGUGGUCUUUGCUCCUUAG